GCAUCGCUGAUAGUUCCCCGCAUAUCCGGCAUCACCAACCCAUGUACGACGUCGUCGCUGACCUUGACAACUUCCCCUACCACCCCACCACCACCACCCUCCUACAAAACUACCACACCUUCCACGGAAACGGCAUCUCCUCCACCCUCGGCUACAUCCCUAACACCCUCAUCUUCACCUUCCCCUGGCCUAACAAUGUCUGGACUAUCGACUCCACCGCCUCCUCCAUUACCUUGAUGACAGUCCCCACCGCAACGGCAAGCACCCGCACGGCAACCCUAGAACCCACCAUCCGCCAGAUGGCAGAUAUGCAACUUUUCACCGGGUGGCGCGAUGAAACGUUCCCCAUCUAUGGAUUAAACGGGGAGGUGGUCCUGGAAAUCGAACGCGCUGCGAGUGCUCUCUUCGGUAUCGUUACGUACGGCGUGCAGAUGUUGUGCUAUACGGAAGAUAGCACAGGAGUAAAGCUCUGGAUCGCCAAGCGCUCAUCUCAGAAACAGACCUAUCCGGGCAUGUUGGAUACCACUGCCGCGGGGGGGAUUGAGUACGGGGAUGUUACCCCGGGAGGUGAUUAUGCGGGAAGCGACGGAGGAGGCCUCCAUUCCGAUGGAGGGGUUGGAGAGAGGGGUAAGAUUUGUGGAUCGGAUUUCGUAUUUUCAUGUCAAAGGGGGAAUGAGGGAGGGGUUCUUGCAGCCUGAGGUGGAGUAUUUGUUUGAGUUGAAAAUGGAGGCAGGGAUGGUCCCAAUGCCGACGGAUGACGAGAGGUUGAGGAUUUUCGACUGUGGAGGACAGAGCAGGUUCUGGAGGCGUUGGCGAGGGGGGAGUUUAAGCCGAAUAGUGCGGUGGUGGUGGUGGUGGUGGACUUUCUGCUGAGACGGGGGUUGUUGGGGGAUGAUGCGGAGGGGAUUCAGGAACGGCUGCAUCGGAGGUUGCCCUUGCCGGUGGUGGAUCAUGGAAUUGUGAGAGGAUGAUGUUCAUGGUGGCGAUGAUAGGGCAGCCAGAUGACUGGGGUAAUGAGUCCAUCCAUGCACCCGGGUUAGGGUUUCAAGAUGGAUCCCUUUCCUACAGGCAUUGACCUGGGACAUUCAAGCAUAUGGUCCAUCAGAAUUAAGUACUUUUUUCUAACCCGAAAUCUAUGUAUAUCCUCAUC